AUGCCUCGUGUGGGGACUGGAGUUCUCGCCAAGAAACUCACAGCAGCCUGUGAUCGUCUCUCAGGCAUCGAGGAUGUGAUCAUCAUCAAGGACAGUGUGCUGAAAGGUCAUGGCGUCAAGCGCACGACGCAGGCACCGGCGGCGAAGGCCUUCACCGACAACCCUAUGGUGCUUUCACUGUUGUAG